AUGAUCUCUGUCCCCACCUAUAUAAGCGAUAUUUGUUUAUUACUUCAAGAACAUGGAUUAACGAGUAAACAACUCAUGGGUUGUAAGGACAUUCAAACCCGCUCCUUUGACAGGAUUGUGGGUCGUAUUCGUCCUGUCAGUAACUGGACGGGUGCGAAUCUUUUGGAUGUUGCCUCUGUUGGCUUUAGUAUGGGCCUCUUGACUCAAAAUGCGACAGCCGUCAAGAUUGCCCUAGAGUACUUUUAUGGAGGUGUCGAGAUCAGUCCAAGAGUAGCUGGAGAUGGCAUUCAAGCAGAUGGCUCCUUUAUGCAACAUGAUGGGUUGCUUUACAAUGGUAAUUAUGGUCAGGAUUACAUGAAUGAUCUCUUGUCUGUCUUUACAGAGACGAAAGGGACUUCGGUAGCACCGACUUUAUUAACUCAAACGGCCUUUGCUACCUUGAUGAGCGGUACAGAAUGGAUGAUUGUAUCUGAUAUUAAAUUGAAUUUGCUUCUUUGGCAAUACAGUGUGAUUGGUCGCAUGGUUUCCUUUAAAUAUUCUGAUAAACAAGCCAGUGGUGGGGUAGCCAUCAAUUUUGAUAGUGUAGCUGAAAGUGCUGAAGGUUGGUCAAAGCAAGGUGUAAUUGAUUCCAUUGUAAACCGUUUAGAGUCCCCUUCUACAGGUGAUGCUAAUCAAGGUGAUCUAGUGGGUACUCGAUACUUUUAUAAUGCAGACUAUAUGAUUCAUCGUGCUCCUAAUUAUGUUACUACUAUGAAAAUGUAUUCCAGUCGUACCGUAAAUUCAGAAUGUCUUAAUAAUCAAAACCCUUAUGGUUUUCAUCUUAGUGAUGGUGCGAUUUACAACUAUUUAACAGGUGAUGAAUAUGUUGAUACAUUUGGCGCCUGGAAUUGGGAAUUAGUACCUGGAAUCACGGUAGAUACCUUUGGUACUCCCUUAAGUUGCAGUACAGUGAAAACAAAGGGGAAAAGGGCAUUCGUCGGGGGUGCAACAGAUGGGAAUACGGGAAUUGCUGUAAUGGACUAUCUUAAUCCUCGUAAUGGGAAUUUGGCCUUCAAGAAGACAGCCUUCUUCUUUCCUACAGGCUAUGCCAUUCAGAUAGGAUCCGUUAUAUCAAAGAACACAACCGCACAGCUCGUCACAGUCCUUGAUCAACGUCGUCGUAAUGGUGACAUAUACGUUGCGGGAAAACUUAGGAAUACAAAUACAACCUAUGCUACUACAGCGGGCUCUAAUAGCAUCUGGCACGAUAACAUUGGUUAUUAUUUCCCUACGACCCCUGAGGUCCUUUACGUCGACUCUAGACCUCGUGCCUCUAACUGGGCUUCGAUCGGUAUCUCGACAGGGAAUGAUCAACAACAACUUUGGACAGCCUACAUCAAACACUCAGCUAAGACUGAGACAAAUCAAGGUCUCUUGACGCAGUACGUGGUCCAGCCUGGUAUCAAUGCCACUGAUUUUAAUGCUCAAGUAGCUAAAGGUAUAACACCUAUCGCCCUUGAUUUUAAAGCAAGUUCGCCACAGGUCAAUGCCGCCUAUAGUGCGGCAGACAAAUCUAUUGCUGUCGCCUUCUGGACGGCAGGCGUUUAUACUCCCCCUUGGGGUUCAACUACAACAAUCAAGACGAAUCAACCUUGCGUUCUCUUGUUUAGAGAAAUAGAGGCCAAUACCCUUUAUCGUCUAACCGUGGCUGACCCCUCACAAAAGUUGGAAAAAGUCACUCUGACGUUUACUGUGGCUGGUAAAGUGAAAUCAACCACGGCUGUAUUCCCUAACAGUAUCAAUGCUGGUAAAGACGUUGUCAAGACCAUCACAUUUACAUAA